AUGCAAUCUGAACCUUCUUUGCCGAAUUUUUUCAAUAAAAUUCUUCAAAACUACUUGAAAAUAAAGAAAGAUGAAAUAUCUUCAUCAAACGAAGGCUUUAAGGGCUUAAUUGAACAGAGCUGCGCAUUAUGCGACGAAGCAAUCAGGAGAAUUAAUCAGCUGGAUCUAUUUAGUAAGAACGAGUCUCUUGAUGAUCUUUCCACUUCAUCCAUCCGGUAUCUCACGCUCCCCGCAUUUCUCGCAUUUUAUACUAGUCAGAAAUUUGAUCGGGAUGAACGUUUGACCUCCCUCAAACUUACUCAGACUUAUUAUGAUGAAUUUUUCGAUUCGAUCGAGAGCUAUGGCUUUCCAGAUCUCCCGAAACUUGAAAAACCAUCUGGAGAUGAGCCUUCUUCGAAAUUUUAUCUGCGUUCACCUAGAGUGGAUCCAGAAAAGCAACGUAAUGAAAGAAUUAAGGCUUAUAAAGAGAAGAAGAGCUUAGACGAACGACUUGAGAAGUUCCUAUCCUUAAACUCUCCCACUGUUGAUGAAGAAAUGCUUAGGGAAGAAAGCAUUGGACUUAUUCGCUACUGGGCUUUUACAGCAGUAGAGGAAUUGAGAUUAAUCAAAAGUGAAGUGGAACUACUAGAAAAAUUCCAAGGACAGAACACCCUUCAGCAACCACCUCCUCGCAAACCCUCCGGUCCAACUCAACCUCCCCUCGUUAUAACCAGGGAAAAGAUAUUGGCGGCAACUUUUGGUGCUGGCUAUCCUAGUGUUCCCACCAUGACAUUGGAUCAAUUUGUCGAUCUUCAGGUUAAACAGGGUCUAAUGCCACCACCACAGCAAAUGAAAAGCAGGACUUCCACAAAUAACAGUAGUAGUAGUAGUAACGGUGCUUCCUGGCAUAGAAUCGAUCCCUCCGAUACUGCUGAAGCCAAAGAAGCGGAUGAAGAAAAGAUGGCUAGAUAUGAUGCCCUUGAGGAUGCUCAUUCUGAAGAGCAGCGUGCAAAAGCUCAACGUUUCGACGAAUUCAAAGAUGAACAUCGGCGGGGUUCGGGAAAUCGAGCCAAUCCUGAGGAGCCGGCUUUUAUUAAACGUUUCCGGGAGCAAUCCGGAAUGAAACCGGAGGCAACAGUAAAAGAUAAGAUGAGAAGUCGAAUUCAGCUUGAAAACGAUGACGACUUCCGUGAUAGAGAAGAUGAGGCUCCUCAAGUUGUUGCUGGAGUUGGCGUAAGCGAAGAAGAAGCCAGUGAAUAUGCUCAAAAGAUCCUCGUUAAACAUCCAAAUAAUAAAGUGCGAGAUGAUUCUGACAAAUCUGAGGAUGAGGGCACUCCAGAAGAAAUAGAAGCCGAGAAAUCAGGGAAGAUAGUAUUCCGUAGACCCAAGACUAAGCAGUCAAAGGUGAACGACGAUAAGGCCGCGCGAAAGAAGGAUUCAGAGGAUAGGAAGAAGUUCGAUAAACUCAGGGAGAGAAGAAAGAAGAACGAAAAUCCCGGAGGAACUCUCUCGUUUAAUCUUGAUGAAGAAUGCGAGGAUGACUAA